AUGGAUGCACUGGUAGAAGAUGAUAUCUGCAUUCUGAAUCAUGAAAAAGCUCAUAAGAGAGAUACAGUGGCUCCAGUUUCAAUAUAUUCAGGAGAUGAAUCUGUUGCUUCUCAUUUUGCUCUUGUCACUGCAUAUGAAGACACCAAAAAACGACUUAAGGAUUCAGAGAAAGAGAACUCUUUGUUAAAGAAAAGAAUAAGAUUUUUGGAAGAAAAGCUAAUAGCUCGAUUUGAUGAAGAAACAAGUUCUGUGGGAUGAGAAUAAGUAAAUAACGCUUAUCAUGCAUAUCGAGAGGUUUGCAUUGAUAGAGAUAAUUUGAAGAGCAAGCUGGACAAAACGAAUAAAGACAACUCUGAAUCUUUGAAAGUACUGAAUGAACAGCUACAAUCUAAAGAAGUAGAACUCCUCCAGCUGAGGACAGAGGUGGAAACUCAGCAGGUGAUGAGGAAUUUAAAUCCACCUUCAUCAAACUGGGAGGUGGAAAAGUUGAGCUGUGACCUGAAGAUCCAUGGUUUAGAAAAAGAGCUGGAACUGAUGAAGAAAGAAUGUAGCUAUCUCAAAAUAGAACUGCAGAAAGCCAAACAAACGGAUCCACAUCAGGAAGACAAUCUGAAGAGCAUAGAUCUCCAAAAACUAAGCAUUUCAAGUGAUAAUAUGCAGCAUGCACACUGGGAACUGAAGAGAGAAAUGUCUAAUUUACAUCUGGUGAUUCAACUACAAGCUGAACUCCUAAGAAAACUGAAAACCCCAACUGCAAUCAAGAAAGCCUGUGCCCCUGUAGGAUGCAGUGAAGACCCUGGAAAAGGCAGCAUAAAACUGCACUUGAUGAAUUUUACUGCAACAUACACAAGACAUCCCCCUCUCUCACCAAAUGGCAAAGCUCUUUGUCAUACUGCAUCUUCCCCUUUAACAGGAGAUAUAAAGAUUUUAUCAGAGAAAGCAGUCCUCCAACCAUGGACCCAUAAUGAGAGAUCCAUUCUUAAGGAUGGUACAUCCUUUCAGGAACACAGUUCUUAUGGCAGAAAUUCUCUGGAAGACAAUUCCUGGGUAUUUCCAAGCCCUCCUAAAUCAAGUGAGACAGCAUUUGGAAAAACUAAAAGUAAAAUUUUGCCUUUAUCCAACCUUCCACCACUGCAUUACCUGUAUCAACAUAAUCAAAACUGCCUUUAUAAGAAUUAA